UACUUUAAUAUCAUUAUUGACGCAAUCUAAAUCAUUGAAAUCUAAACAAUGAAAGGAAUUAAGACCGAACGCGGUGCCCCCUUCAACACAAGCAAAGUGAAGAGACUGUACCACCAAAGAUAUCGCGCCGAGUGGGAAAGAAUUCCUUCGUUUUCACUCUGGUUGCGUCCAAGCAAUGACGGUUAUUCAGCUCAAUGUCAAAUUUGCGACGCUACUGUUUUGGCUAGAUUGGCGUCUGUCAAGCAGCAUCACAACACCAGGAAGCACCAGGAAAGCAUGAAGUGCAACGAGUUCCUAUCUAUGAAUAUGAUUAAAGCUGAAGACGGCAUCAUUCCAAACGAACCGAAGCCGAAGCCCAAGCCUAAGGCCAAAGCCAAGCCAAAAAUGAAAAUUGAAAAGAUAGAGGCCGUGGAAGAUCAUGAAAUGGCAUCUAACGAUGAUUCCAUAUUAGAUGAUUUGCUGGGGAACGAGUCGCUGGAGAGGGCAUACCUGUCCGAAGGGGAAAACGUGGACGAACGGGAAGAGCAGCACAUCGGCGAGCCUGAAACCGAGGAGUUGGAAACCGAGAUGAUACAAAUGAAGCACGACGAUGUUAACGGUGUACAACUGGAGGAUAUGCACGAAGUGUCCAUACCCGAGGAAAACAUAAUGAGCGAAUUCGAUUUGUUUGGCAAGAGCGUGUCGCUGCAGUUGAAUCACAUGGAUCUGGAAGAUGCUUUGAUGUGCCAAGAGCGCCUGCAGGUGGUGCUCACCGAAUACCGUUUGAAAAUACUGAAGCGCAAUAGGGAAGCCAAACGCAGUACUUAAGCUUACAUAUGUUUAUAUCGUUUUUUCUUAUGUACAUAGAAUAAUUAACUCUGGAACGGCUAAUCUAAAUAAUAACUAUUCCGCUUCUAUUUCGUCUAUAAA